AUGGGAGGGUUUUUAUCAGGUCUGAGAAGACUUUACCUCACUGUUUACAACUGGACCGUGUUCGUUGGAUGGCUUCAAGUGUUUUAUUUGGCGGUGAAAACGCUGAAAGAAUCCGGACAUGAACAUGUUUACCAAGCUGUCGAAAAGCCUCUGCUUUUAGCUCAAUCUGCUGCCAUUUUAGAGAUAAUUCAUGGUCUGGUGGGCUUGGUUAGAUCUCCAGUUUCUGCAACACUGCCACAGAUUGGUUCAAGGUUAUAUGUGACUUGGGGCAUUUUGUGGAGCUUUCCCGAGGUUCGGACCCAUAUGCUAGUUAGUUCUUUGGUCAUUAGCUGGUCUAUCACUGAGAUUAUCAGAUACUCUUUUUUUGGGACAAAGGAAGCCCUUGGUUCUGCACCUUCAUGGCUUCAAUGGCUCAGAUACAGCACCUUCCUUUUACUGUACCCAACUGGGAUCACUAGCGAGGUUGGCCUAAUCUACAAUGCCUUACCAUACAUUAAGGAAUCUGGUAAAUACGGUGUGCAAUUGCCCAACAAGUGGAACUUCUCAUUUGAUUAUUAUUAUGCAGCAUUUGCCGUUCUUGGUAGUCCUCACAUGUACACCUACAUGCUUGGGCAGAGGAAGAAAGCUCUCUCCAAAUCUAAGAAGGAGUGA